AUGGGUCUACUAGCUCUUGGAACCCCGCUGGAAUGGGAGGAUGCAAAGCACCACGCCGAUGAGGUUCGGAAGCUGGGGAUACAGCAAUUACUGGAGAUUUGGAAAAAUUAUAGAGGGAACGAGAGGGAUGUGUUGCUGUGGGGAGAUGAGCUUGAGUAUCUUGUUGUCUCCUAUGACGAGGGGGGAAGGCGUGCUCUGCUUUCGCUUCGGCAAGCCGAAAUUCUCGAGGAGCUUGCCAAUGACGAAAAAUUGCGAAAGGCAGGGGGCGGUGUCCCAGAGAUCAGUAAACCAGAAGACGUCUGUGGGCCCAUGCCAACUUUCCACCCCGAAUACGGGCGUUUCCAGAUCGAAUCGACCCCUGGUGCGCCCUUCAACCUGACCUGGAAAGAUUUGCUGUCUGUGGAGAAAGACAUGAAGCGCAGGAGAGUCAUUGCAAAGCAGCACAUGGCCAAAAACGAGGCGGUCAUCACGCUGCCAAACUUCCCGCUACUGGGCUCAAAGGACGUGUUUACUCAUCCGCCGGUCGUCGCAGAUGGGUCAAGGUCACGGAGCCAGUUCCUCUCCGACGUUGUGAUAAACCCGCACAUCCGUUUCCCCACGCUGUCGGCCAACAUACGGUCACGGCGCGGCAAGAAGGUGGCCAUCAAUAUGCCCAUCUUCUACGACGAGAAGACGCCCCGACCAUUCCGUGACCCCACAAUAGACUACGAUCGACACCUAUUUCCCGAGGACGACGAUGUGCGGAAUGGUGCAGCACAGGAGGGUCACAUCUAUAUGGACGCUAUGGGUUUUGGGAUGGGCUGCUGCUGCCUGCAGAUCACGCUGCAGGCGAAGAAUAUCGUCGAGGCGAGAAUGCUGUAUGAUCAGUUAUGCCCAUUGGGUCCGAUAAUGUUGGCCCUGACGGCGGCUACCCCGAUUUUUAAGGGCUUUUUGGCAGAUGUGGAUGUAAGGUGGAAUGUCAUCUCCCAGGCUGUGGACGAUCGUACCGAUGAAGAAAAGGGAUUGAAGCCGCUCAAGAAUAACCGUUUCGUGAUACCGAAAUCAAGAUACGAUUCGGUAUCUGCGUACAUCUCGCAGGACCCCCGUUUUAGGCCAGAGUACAAUGAUACGGAUCUUGUAAUCGACAAGGACAUUAAAAAAACACUUAUGGAUGAUGGUAUGGACGAGAACCUGGCAGCUCAUUUUGCCCACUUGUUCAUCCGGGACCCGUUGGUUAUCUUCCAGGAGACCUUAGAUGAGUCUCCAGAGGGUAAGGCGGACCAUUUUGAGAACCUCCAAUCGACGAAUUGGCAACAUAUGCGGUUUAAGCCUCCUCCACCAGGUGGUAAUAUUGGCUGGAGGGUAGAGUUCCGUAGCAUGGAGAUCCAAUUAACUGACAAUGAGAAUGCUGCAUUCGCCAUAUUCAUCGUACUUCUCACGAGGGCGAUCUUGUCUUACGGAUUGAACUUCUAUAUCCCGAUAUCCAAGGUCGAUGAGAACAUGGCAACGGCACACCGCCGCGGUGCAGUCCUGACCGAAAAGUUCUGGUUCCGCAAGAACCUUUUCCCACCGCGCAAGCCCACCAACGGGGGCACCCCAGCACCAUCACGCCCCGCCUCCCCCGGUCCCGUCGAGAGGGAGUACUGCCUCAUGACAAUCGACGAGAUCAUGAACGGCAGCAAGACCAAUGAGUUUGUGGGGCUGAUCCCCCUGAUUGAGAACUACCUCGACACGGUCAACGUCGACGUUGUGACCCGCUGCGAGUUGGCUGGAUAUUUGAGCUUGGUCUCGAAGCGCGCAAGCGGGGAGCUGCAGACGGGUGCCGCGUGGAUCAGGGAGUUUGUUCGCGCCCAUCCCGACUAUAGGGGUGAUAGCGUCGUGAGCCAAAGCAUCAACUAUGACUUGAUCAAGGCGUUGGAUAGGUUAGGGAACGGUGACGGCGUGCUGGAUGAGCAGUUGUGCGGGAGGCUGCUGGGGGGGUCACGGGCGUGA